AUGGGGAACUGCCUCCACCCUUCGGCUCGAUCCCGAUUGGUGGAGCCGGGGGAAGCCCCUCCCAAGUGGGCGGGGCUUAUACUGUCUUCCAGCACUCCAUAUCCUCCUCCACCCUUGGACAGUCCUGUACUUAGUGCAUCCUCGAGAUUCGCCACAUCUUACGCUCUUGCUCGGAUGGAGGCGACGACGAGCCCGGACUCGACGGUGAGGGGCACCGCCGACAAACUCGCGAUGCACGCCGAUCCGAGCAAGAACCAGGUCGGCGAAGUGAUGCUGGAGGGGACGCCGAUCGUCUCCCUCGUGAUGGACGGGACGGAGCGGCUCUGCCUCGCCCAGAUCUCCAACACUUUGCUCCGCGAUUUCUCCUACAACGAGAUCCACAACAGGAGGGUGGCACUGGGCAUCACAUGCGUCCAGGCCAUUCACCUCAUUGCUAUCUAUUCCACGAAGCCGUUAAAACACAUCCUCAUUCGAUUCGUUUUGCGUCUACGACAGUGCACGCCCGUCCAGCUGGAGCUGCUCCGCCGGGCCGGGGCCAUGCCCGUCUCCUCGCGGCGCUGCGGGAUGAUCUCGAAGCGGGAGGCGGAGCGCCUCUGCAAGUCCUUCCUCGGGGACAACGCGCCGCCGCGACUGCCGGAGAACUUCGCUUUCGACGUGUUCCACGAAUGCGGCUGGGGCUGCAGAGGCGCCUUCGUGCCCUCGCGCUACAAUUCUUCCCGGGCGAAGUGCGUCCGAUGCCACACCUGCGCCCUCUACUUUUCCCCCAACAAAUUCAUUUUUCACUCGCACCGCGGGAAUUCCGGCGCGUACCGCCAGCCGGACGCGGCGAACUUCAACGCGUGGCGCCGGCACCUGCAGCUAUACGGGGAGCCGUCUGAGGACGUCCUCCAUGCCUGGGAAGACGUAAAGGCGAUGUUCAACGGCGGCACCCGGAAGCGGAUGCUGGCGCAUUCCCUGAGCACGCGGAUACAGGCGGCGUACCAGGCGAAGCGGAUCCGGCCGACGGGAGGAGGGGAAUUCCCAGGGGGAGCGGGGAAUUACCAUCCGUUUCCGCCGCUGCCGCUCCUCCCGCCGCCGUCGCUCCUGUCGUCGCUGUCGGCGCCGAGUUUCGCGGCUGAGAAGCAGGUCCUGUCGCCCCCACCAUCCCGCCCCCCAUCGUUGAUGUGGACCGGCCUGUGGAACGGCGGGGCCCUCGCAGCAGCAGCCGCCGCUUUCCCCUUCCCCCGCUCCCCCCUCUCCUUCCCCCCCUCCUCCCUCACCUUCCCCUCCCCCCUCACCCCCUGGGAAUCUCACUCCUCCGCCUUCAAACCCGUUCACCGCCCGGUCGAGCGCGACGCUUCAGACGGGAAGGACAGCCCGAGCAUCCGGUGCGAAGAGGGCACUGCAGCCACACUCGUUUCCAGGAUCGAGGAACUGAAACAGGUGAUCUCAUCGGAGCUGUCCAAGCUGCCGAAUCACAACACCCAGCUGAAACUGAGAGGUUCGUCUCAAGCAAUUCACUCAAUUUAA